UGCUCAGUGUCCACAGUCCAACAGCAAAGAGCAGAAAUAUUCCUAAAAACGGGAACACUGGGAGCAGAAGUAGCCGAAAGACCGCAGUGAUCGCCAAAUCCAUCAGACUGAAGAACGGAGUGUGAACAGCGGCGGCCUCCGAGGAUGAUGGGAAAAGUCUCAGUCAGAGGGGGAAGGACGACCUGAGCUGAGGCCGCUGACCUCAGCCAGGACACCUGCGCAGCCAGCUUGGUUGACCGUUCCCACCUCAGCACCUUCUUACAGGUCAUGUCUGAGAUGAGAGUCUCUGGGAGGGGCUACAGCCUAAACCUGAGCAGCGAUUGGCUGCCAGUGAAGCGAGCCUUGGUACCACCUGAAUAAAGCUGGUGCUGUUUCCUGAAGAUGGUGUGUUAUUCUGUAAGUGUGAUCCUCUCCUCCGGCUUCACCCUGAACAUCUGGGAUGUCCUGUGGUAUUUCCGACAGCAGCAGCUCCUUCGCUCAAACAAUUGAAUAGAAGGAAGCGCUGCUGGCUGACUUUUUCCUCCCUCAGAGACGCACUUCCUCCAGCCCUUCAGUCGAGCUCGAGCGAGGCCCGAGGACGCAGGAGGAACAUGGAGGUCCCGCUCCUACUUUUCUUUCUGCUCUGGAGAUCCAGCUGUGCGUACACAUGUCCAGCCACCUCCACCUUUUCUUCAUCCACACUGCUGGACCUGUCUAACUCCACCCAAACCAUCAGGAGUCCUGGGAACGCUGUCACGGAAAAUCUGUCACCUCCAGAUGUUUCCCCUGCAGUCACCCACCUAUCCCCUUUAAAUGGCACAGCUGCUUUUACCAUGGACCAGUCAGUCGCCUCGGAGACCUCGUCAGGUGGAGGUGACUCCCUAGUCAGGACGGAGGUGGUCACGUCGUUGUACGAGUCAUCGUCCUCCAUCGCUAGAAACCAGUCCGAGUCGAGCGGAGAUGGAGGCGUGACGCUGGGUUCCUCACGUGUGAGCACAGGUGGAGGAACAGACAUCAUAACUGAGCUACAACCCAAGGACGGAUCCACACACCAAACAUCUGCAGCACCCUCAGACAGCACCGCCUCAGCUGCACCCACCACCACUCCUCCACCGUCUGCAUCCAGCACCAGCACAUAUAGACCACCCAGGUCUCACAGCCAGACCCCGCCCACAGACACAGACUACACCCUUCAUCCAUACAUCUCAGAGAGUCUGACUCCAGGAGUAUUAUCAACAGCACCAACAGGUGAUGCGGUCCCUGCAAGUAGCACCUCAGCUCCAUCAGUCCCACAAACGAGUACAACAAACACCAGCACCACUGCUGCUGUAACCACACCCUCUACGAGCAGCAUAACAGCGCCUGCUCCAACCACAGCCACCAAAACCACACCUCCUACAGCCACCAGUAGCACCACCCCUGUCACAAAUGCAGAGACUACAGUCGCACCAUCAAUAACAACACCAGCAACUACACACACAACCAUCCCUCUGCCAGCUACAACAGCCAGCUUGACACACACCAUCCAACCCUCCACUCGUGCCUCCACUCCCGCUACAACUGCAGCAACCACAGCCACGAACCCGUCUCUAACCACAGCCGUCGAUACCACACCUGCCACUGCCAGUACCACCACAACCACAGAGACUGCAGCCACACUAUCCAUAACAACACCAGCAACUACACCUACAUCCAUGGCACCAUCUCAUACCACAGUCACCAAAACCACACCACCCACCACUCCCAGUGAUAGUUUCCCAGCUACAACUGCAGAUAGUAGAACCACCAUGAGAUUCAUAACAAUCUCCGCUACAACCACUCCACCUACGACCGCAACAGCAUCUCCCGCUACAACCACUCCACCUACGACCGCAACAGCAUCUCCCGCUACAACCACCCCACCUACGACUGCAACAGCAUCUCCCGCUACAACCACCCCACCUACGACUGCAACAGCAUCUCCCGCUACAACCACCACCUACGACUGCAACAGCAUCUCCCGCUACAACCACCCACCUACGACUGCAACAGCAUCUCCCGCUACAACCACCACCUACGACUGCAACAGCAUCUCCCGCUACAACCACUCCACCUACGACCUGCAACAGCAUCUCCCGCUACAACCACCCACCUACGACUGCAACAGCAUCUCCCGCUACAACCACCCACCUACGACUGCAACAGCAUCUCCCGCUACAACCACUCCACCUACGACUGCAACAGCAUCUCCCGCUACAACCACCCCACCUACGACUGCAACAGCAUCUCCCGCUACAACCACCCCACCUACGACCGCAACAGCAUCUCCCGCUACAACCACCCCACCUACGAUCGCGACAGCAUCUCCUGCUACAACCACCAAAACCACGGCAACCACCACUACCAGCCCCACAGCAACAAGCACCCCCGCUCCAGCAACAAGCAUGCUUCACACUACUACGUCCAGAGUCACCUCCACCACACCUGUCCAGACCUCAGAGGGUCCCCGAUGCUCCGCAGACCUGAAGGAGAUCAGCUCCAGCUCAGACUCCAUCGCGGUGCAGGUAACGUCCGCCGGUCUGUCCUGUAACUUCAGUCUGUUCUGCAUUCUGGACUCAUGGUCCAGUCCUGCCCACUGCAAGUCUGAUGGAGAGACCAGCAGCGCCACCAUCUGUAAUAUAACGGGACUGCAACCCGGGACAGUGUAUCAGCUGACAGCGGUUUCCAGGAAGGAUGGCGAGAUUAGCCACGGGACAGUUCAGACAGACCCAGUUGGCCCAGCUCAUCUGGACCUCCAGCUGGGCCCAGCUCAACCUCAUCAUAAAAGCCUGUUUACGGUUCUAAGCAGCUCGGCUCUGACGGUGUCCUGGACUCGGCCUACCGGUCGUGUGGACUGGUACGAUGUGACUCUGGAGGACACGAGCUCCGGAUCCCGGCGCAGGACCAGAAUCAAGGGCUCUGCAGCCUCCCAAACCAGGUUCACCUCCCUGAUUCCCGGGACUCUGUACAAAGUCAGUGUGGUAGCUUCAGCUGGGAACAAGAGCGCUUCACCUGUCCACGCAAUGACAGCUACAGCUCCCUCCUCAGUGGACGGCCUGCAGGUGGCGUCCUCUUCCUCACACAGCCUCGGGGUGACUUGGUGGAUCGGCUCGGGUCGCACGGAGAACCUCAGGGUUCUGCUGAGGGAUCGGGCUGGUGUUCUGCUGAAGAACAUCACUCUGAAGAACAGCAGCACCUCGGCAGAGCUGGAUGGUCUGCACCCAGGGACCCCGUACACCAUCACCGUGGUAACAGAAGCAGUCGGCCUUCAGAGCUCCGCCUCGACAGCAUCCGUCACAGCCCCAGCACCAGUGUCACGUCUCGUCCUCCAAAACAACGGCAGCUCAGACCACCUGCGGGCCUCCUGGCUCCCACCUAAAGGAGGGGUGGAAUCCUACCUGGUGACCCUGAGGGCUCCAGGAUCCGACCCUCAGCUACGCCACCUUCUCCCCAACAUCACCCAAGUGGAGUUUGAGGGCCUGACCCCUGGGCGUAGCUACGAGGUGUCAGUCAGUUCCUCAGCAGGCAGUCAGAGCACCGAGAGCAGGAGCACAGCGAGGACAGUACCUGACCAGGUGUCAGCGCUCUCUAUGUCGGCUGAUGCUCGAACACUGUGGCUCCGCUGGCUGCCCCCCAGAGGCGACUGGGAGAACUACAGCGUCAUCCUGAAGAACGGCUCGUUGGUUCUGGCAAAUGAGACCGUCAGUAAGGCAAGCAGGCAGCACGCCUUCUCCGUCCUCAGCCUGGUCCCCGGACGACUCUACAGUGCAGAGGUCACAGUUCACAGUGGCGUUCUGAGCAACACAGCACGCUGCAGCAGUCAGCUGGCGCCGUGGCCUGUGCAGCAGCUGCUCGUACGCCAGGCUGACGAAACCUCACUGAGCGUCCGGUGGAGUCGGCCGCUCGGACAAUGGGACGGCUUCACCGUGCUCCUCAGGUGGGCAACCGCUGCUGCCACCAUUGUAGAUCAGAGAGUCCUCGGCUGGGAGGCCAAAGAGUGCACUUUCAACAGCAUCACGCCUGGGGGCCAGUACAUCAUUACCGUGACAACCAACAGCGGUAACCUGAGCAGUUCCGCCUCUGUGACGGCACGGACCACUCCGGCUCAGGUCAGUGGGCUGCGGCUCUCCAACCUCGGCAGCACCGACAGUCUGCAGGCGCGGUGGGCACCGGCCUCCGGAUAUCUGGACUCCUACCAAGUCUUGCUGGUUCACGACAGCAGCGUCAUCAAGAAUGAGAGCGUGAUGGCCAACAUCAGCAGCCUCAGCUUCCAGGCCCUGAGACCGGGCGCCCUGUACCGCGUGGUGGUGACCACGGUCAGAGUGGGACACAUCUCCAGACAGACGGUGUCCGAGGGACGCACAGUGCCGGCGGCAGUGAGCGAUAUCAGGGUCAGCAACAAUGGGCGCAUGGACUUCCUCAGCGUGUCUUGGAGUCAGGCUGUAGGUGAGGUGGACAGAUACCUGGUGACCCUGAGUGACCGGGAGAGGACCAUUCACACCCUCACCGUGCCCAAGUCGACCCCGACAUGCGUUUUCGACUCGCUGGUGUCUGGACGCCUCUACAACAUCUCCAUCACUACCUGCAGCGGUCUCUACAAAAAUCAGACGUUCAUCCAGGAGAGGACACAGCCGUCGAAGGUCCAGAGCCCCACAGCGACCCACAAUGCUUCGGACAGCUACCUGAAGGUGUACUGGCGUCACGCUGCUGGAGACUUCGACCUGUAUCAGGUGUUCAUCAAGCACAACAACGUCUUCCUGCAAAACAAGACAGUUCCAAAGAUGGAGCACAACUGUGUGUUCACCGGCCUGGUGCCCGGCAGACUCUACACAGUGCUAGUGACCACGUGGAGCGGAAAGUACGAAGCCAUUGCCUCCACCCAUGGCAGCACCUUCCCGGCGGCAGUGCGUUCCCUGACUCUGGCUGGGCGGGGCACCGAGGACCUGCGGGUGACGUGGAUGGCAGCUCCGGGUGACGUGGAUCACUACGAAGUGCAGCUGCUGUUCAGCGACAUGAAGGUGUUUCCUCCCAUCACUCUGGGCAGCGGUGUGAGGGAUUGCGUCCUGUCAUCACUCACACCUGGGCGGCUUUACAAGAUCAUAGUUUCCACGUACAGCGGCACCAAUCAGAAGGCCUGGUACAUAGAGGGUCGCACAGUUCCCAGUAAAGUGAAGAACAUCCACGUUAGCAACAGUGGAGACAGCAGCAGUCUGAUGGUGAGCUGGACUCCUGGUUCGGGCGAUGUAGACGGAUUCUCCGUGUUUCUGUACAGAGAAAGCCGAAAGUUAAGUACCCGAAGCGUCCUCAAGCACCAGAACGAGGUGACGUUCGGCUCCCUGCAGCCCGGCCAGGUGUACACCAUCAUGGUUCAGUCUGUGAGUGGAGACCUGGUGAACAACAACACGGUCACAGGGCGCACAGUCCCCUCUGCAGUGACAGGGCUCCAGGUGGACUCCCACCACACCACCUGUAGUAUCCAGGUGAGCUGGCAGGAGGCUCUGGGUGUGGCUGAUGGAUAUGUCCUCCAAGUUCUGGACGACAGAGGCAGCAUGGUGAGAAACGUCUCUCAGCCCUUUGGACACACCUGGCAGCAGUUUGACGGCCUCACACCAGGAAAGAAGUAUCGAGUGGUGGUCCAGACCACCAGCGGCGGGGUCCACAGUGUUGGGGUCAGCACUGAGGCUCGGACAAACCCAGCGGUGGUCACCAAUCUGGCCGUCACUGCAAACACCACCACCAGCCUGUCCUUCCACUGGUCGCCACCAGAGGGAGACUUUCAGCUGUAUGAAGUUUUUCUGUAUGAUCGUAAUGACCAGCUGCACGAGAAAAAGCGCGUCCAGUCCAACAGUCAGCAGUGUACUUUUCAGGGCCUCAGACCUGGUGCUCCUUACAAGAUGUUGAUCCAGAUCCACAGUGGAGACCAGACCAACCAGACCUCCAUCUACACCAGAACAGUCCCGUCAGCUGCAGCGUUCCUGAAAGCUAAGAGUGGAAACCAGUCUGACAGUCUUUGGGUAAACUGGGAGCAUGGUGGAGGUGAUCUAAGUGGAUACCAGCUGUAUCUCUACAACCCCAACGGUUCUCAGCAGGCCAUGCAUCAGCUGGGCUCAGAGGCCACAGGGUUCAUCUUCUCAGGCCUUGUAGCGGGUCGCCUGUAUCGAGCUGAGGUGCUGAGCCAGAGCGGCGGGCUCAGCAACAGGGCGAGCACCCUGGGCCGGACGGCUCCCAGACCACCUGCCUCCAUCUUGUUCAGGGGGGUGACCAACACCUCCCUGGAGAUCACAUGGAGCGGCCCUGUGGACUCCGACUAUGAUGACUUUGACCUGCAGUGGACUCCUCGGGACCGGCUGUCCAUCAUCAAUCCGUACCACACCCGGACGUCCAGCAACCGCAUCCUGAGGGGGAUGUUCCCUGGACGGCUCUACAACUUCAGCCUCCGCACCGUCAGUGGGACCACAGAGCCUGGGGCCACACCUACCUAUAGCACACCUAUCCGCAAAAGCAUCCGCACCAAGCCAGAGAGAGUCCACAGCCUCCACUGUCGCCCUCAGAGUUCCACCUCCAUCUCCUGCUCCUGGGUAACCCCGGACACUGAUUAUGACUCCUACACCAUCGAGUGUCUCCACAAGGAUUCCCACACACUGAUGUACUCCAGACUCGCUGAGCAGGACUCCAACAGCUACAUCAUCACUGAGCUGGAGCCUCACAAACACUACACAGUCUCUGUGAAGGUCAUGUCUGGUGGGAAGCCCAGCGACGAGGCUCAGGACGACGUGGUCACCAUGCUUGACCGUCCUCCUGUGCCCCCCUCCGGUACCCGGGUCAGUGAGCAGUCUGCUGUGGUCACCAAGUCCUCCAUCUCCUUCCAGUUUAACUGCAGCUGGUUCAGUGACGUUAAUGGAGCUGUUAAGUACUUCACUGUAGUGGUGACUGAGUCUGAAGAUGUUAGCCUAAUGCAGCUGGAGCAGAAGCACCCACUGCCCUCCUACCUGGACUACAGCUCCAACAGCUCCAUCAGGUCCUACCAGACCAGCUAUUUCCCCAGCCGAUGCACCGAGAGCCCUGACAGCACCACCCAGAGCUUUAACAUCAGCUUGGGGACUGGGAUGGACUUGCUAGGGGGCACCUGUGAUGCCAGAGGCUCAGACCAGGACCCAGAGUCUAGUGGAGAGCUGAACCACUUCUGUGAUGGACCCCUGAAGCCAAAGACUGCCUACAGGAUCAGCGUCCGAGCUUUCACUCAGCUGUUUGAUGAUGAUGCAAAGGACUUGAGUGUCUUGUCUCCACUGUUCUCUGACACCUGCCUAUCGCAGCCCAUCAUCACUGAGGCUGAGCCUCUGAGCGGUGUCAUCGAAGGUGUAAGUGCUGGACUCUUCCUCGCUGCUGUGAUUGUGGGAAUCACUGCUCUGUUUGUCUGCAGGCACAGAACUCGCAAAGUUGAGGAAGAGAGGCUGGAGGUCAGGAUAAAUAUGAGGAGAGAGAGAGCAGCAGCGGGGAACCAGCUGGGUGUCAGAGGCAGCCGUCGAAUCUCCAGUCCCAUUAAGAUGGUGAACUUUGAGUCUCACUACAGCAAACUACAGGCUGACUCCAACUACCUGAUGUCAGAGGAGUAUGAGGAUCUGAAGGACGUCGGUCGUAACCAGCCUCUGGACUCGGCUCUGCUGCCGGAGAACCGGGGAAAGAACCGAUACAAUAACAUCCUGCCCUACGACUCGACGAGGGUCAAGCUGUCCUACGUUGAUGACGACCCCUGCUCUGACUACAUCAAUGCCAGUUACAUCCCAGGUAACAGCUUCCGGCGGGAGUACAUCGCCACACAGGGUCCUCUGCCUGGAACUAAAGACGACUUCUGGAAGAUGGUUUGGGAGCAGAAUGUCCACAAUGUGGUGAUGGUCACUCAGUGUGUGGAGAAAGGAAGGGUGAAAUGUGAUCACUACUGGCCGUUCGAUCAGGAUCCUCUGUACUACGGAGACCUGAUCGUCCAGAUGCUGUCAGAAUCGGUUCUACCUGAGUGGACGAUCAGAGAGUUUAACAUCUACAGCGAGGAGCAGCUCGGCUUCAGCCGCCUGGUUCGUCAGUUUCACUACACGGUGUGGCCGGACCACGGUGUCCCAGAGACCACUCAGUCCCUCAUCCAGUUUGUCCGUACUGUCCGUGACUACGUCAACAGGACUUCGGGAUCUGGAGCCACUGUAGUCCACUGCAGCGCCGGUGUGGGCCGGACGGGGACUUUCAUUGUCCUGGAUCGAGUGCUGCAGCAACUGGACGCCAAAGACACGGUGGAUAUCUACAGCGCCGUGUUUGACCUGCGACUCCAUCGAUCCCACAUGGUGCAGACUGAGGUGCAGUAUGCAUACCUGCAUCAGUGUGUCAGAGACGUUCUCAGAGCCAGGAAGCUACGCAGCGAGCAGGAGGGAAUGUACAGGAUGUGAGGCGACGCUGACCCUGACCGUAACGAUUGUACUGACUGCUGAGCCAUUGCUGAGCUCUUCAGAGAGACAUGUCCAUAUAUUUUUCUACAGUGUUCGUAUGUCACAGAGAAAUGUUUAUAACUUUAAUUUGUUUUAAUUUAUGUUCAGCUGUGUGGUGUCUUUCUGUAUAGAUUAUCUAUAGAUUAUUGGUUGUAUCAUCUCCUAUGUGUUUGAUUUGCUGGAAUAUUGGCUCCAGUUUCUUGGUUGAGUUUCUGUUGUCCUGUUUAUAGCUCUGUCACAGGUGCUCAUACCUGUAAGUUUACCUGUGCUUGUACCUGUAAGUGUACCUGUGCUCGUCUGUAUGUGAGCAGCUUAUUAAACACACAACACAAAAUUA